AUGAAGACAGUGAUAGGGAAAUUGGUUGAUGAACACCUGCGAGGUAGGCAAAUAAUGGACGCAGCAUUGUUGGCUAAUGAACUGGUAGACUCCAGGGUAAAGCAGAAGAAACCAGGGAUUCUAUGCAAGCUAGACAUUGAGAAAGCCUAUGACCAUGUUAAUUGGAAUUUCCUUUUAAAAAUUCUAAAGGACAUCGGAUUUGGUAGCAAGUGGAUUGGCUGGAUCGAUAACUGCAUUUCAAGUGUGAAGUUUUCCCUUCUCGUAAAUGAUAACACUGAAGGAUUCUUCCAGAAGGCAAAGACUAAUGGUGGGAGAGGAUUUAGUGCACUUGCUGGGAGAAGGGAGGAGCUGGAGAUCACACACUUAUUCUAUGUUGAUGAUGCUCUUAUAUUCUGCGAGGCAAAGGAGGCACAAAUUUAG